AUGGAAUCGUUAUGCGCUGGGGACAGCGGCAUUCUAGGUGAAAGCAGCUCGAGUUUUGCCAGUGUCAGAGACGACACCGUUCGAGACGUCAGUGCCAGCACGAGUGAUGGGGAAGAGGAGGUUGAUGCGGUAGAAUUUGCGUUGAACGGUGGAAUGCAAGGCACGGAGCAGUAUAUCAAAUCUGCAGCCGGUAACGUUACAAGCAUGGCAUUUGACUGUGAGGACUCCCGGCAGGACAAUCGCUCGCGCGAUACCGCCUGUGGAAGACCUGACGAGCCAGUACCAAACCGUAGCCGCAAGAGAAACAGCGCCAAAGACAGGCAUCCGCGUACUACAACGCCAUCAAAAGUCCAGUCGAAAAAUUCGAUAUCACAUCCGUUGUCUCCUUUUUCUCCUUUGCUUCUGCAAAAACAACAGCGCAAACGACGCACUCGGGCGAGACCCGUCGAUCAACAUCAUCAACCAAACACGACUUCGCCCGGCGUUCCGUGGCAAGACGAUGACAACGACGACCAAGACACUGUUAUUGGUACUUUAUCCUUGAAUGCGACGCGGAAGGUGUCGGUUAUUGUACACGUGCGCAAUCCAAUCGCGUCCGAAAAAGAAAAGGACAAAAUUUGUCUCUUUCCCCUUCUGCGCAAACAUGACGAAGCCACCGCAAUACUUUCGACAUCCGAGGCGGCACUUUCUCCCACAUCUGCCACACUACAAUCCGCUGGACAUACCCGCGAACUAAUAGUCGUCAAUCCGACUGCUUUUGGCAAGCUUAUUCCGUCCAAAGUUACCAUGGAAACGGCUCGAUUGGUAGCACAAAUGGCUAACGUCGAAGACUGGGCGCGAUCCUUUCGCUUCCAGCAAGUUAUGUGGCCCGGAAACGAGUUGCAAGCGCUGCAGAAUCUGACUCAAGCAAUGGUUAAUGAUGUCAUGGCACCAGGGUCGAUCGCCUCCCGAACGAUUCUGGCGAUUGGUAGCGAUGCCGCCAGCAAAAGCACUCUUUUGUUUGGUUCCGUCGGAACACAGAGUAUCGCCCGCGUAUUGGCUACUACGGCACACGAUCUCACACCCAGUGAUAUUUUGUCGCGCUACGGACUCAUCGGAAUAGCAGUAUCGCAAUUGCUGGAUCAAAUGCCAUCGCACGCCAUCGUGACCUUGUCUGUUUUGGAAAUCGCCCCAGACGAUGUUCUUCAUGAUUUGUUGGCCGCUCGGCCGUUUAAUUCUAGCUCACGGCUUCAAUUUCGGUACUCCAACAGCACUAAUGCGAUGUCAGAAAGCGGCGGGGGAGCGGUGGUUCACAAUCUUACUAAUGUGCCCCUGGAUUCGCUCAAGUCGUUGGGGCAUUUGUUGCGGCGUGCCUUUACUGCCGCUCGGAAUCCCAAACGAGCCCAUUCUCCGGCCCAUAUUAUGGCAACGCUUAAAAUAUGGCAAUCUAAUGGCACACGGAACGACUCUACAAUGGAGGCUGCGCAUACUGUUGUACAAUUUGGGGAUAUUGUCAACGCAUGUACCAAUUCAAGGAGAGACGCAGCCUUGAAGCAAAGUGUUACGACGUUGGGUGGCGUCUUACGUGGUGUACUGCUGCGGGAAGCAGGCAACGACUCCCCAUGGAAAUUCCGUGAAUCUUCUUUGACCAAAGUGUUGCAACGAUACGUCGAUCACCUGGAUGGCAAAGUUGUCAUGCUGGCGUGCACCUCGCCUUUAAGCGACGUUUACGACGAAACCUUGGCAACUCUCAGGUUCGUUUCGAACUUGCUCUAUAGUCCGAAUCGCGCUGCGUCAAGUCCAUUCCAUCGCAGAGAAGAUGAUACAGCUCCCACGUCACCGUUGUCCGACACUUCCUCGGCAAUGAGCCUCAUGGCAGCAGAGUUUUCGGGAUCGGAUCGACAAACGUUGCUGACGAAUUUGUUGUCGGAUCCUCGGCAGCGUCUCGCCAAAGUGUGGAAACAAAAAGCGCGCGAAAAUCCAGCAAAUGCAGAGCUGCAAGAAAACAAGAACGAGUACACGCCUACUCAGUACGAGCUCAUUGAGAUAGCGACGUUGGACAGAGCUGAAACGCGACUACCGAGAGCCGAAGAGCAGUCUUCGACUUCUCAAAUUGUUCAACCAGAGAUAUUAAUUCCGACACCUAUUGCCGCCAACCGAAAUGCCAUGAGGAAUAAAUGUCGCUCGUGGCGUCCACCCGACACAGAUGGUCCCUUUGGUAAGGUCCUGGAAGAUUGCGAUUAUGCUGCUGUAGAAACAAGCUUUCCCUCGGACUUAUCGGAACGCGACGCUGAUGUUGGGCAUAAUUGUAUGGACGAACCGAGUCCAUUGACGAUUGAUACAAAGGAUCCACCUUUUAAUCUUGACACUUCCUAUACGUUGGACGAGAUGGCAGAGCGUGUGUUUAAAAACAGCAAAAUGAAGGAUACGGAAUCAAAGACGCGUGCUCCGUCAGGAUAUCUUGAAGGGCCUGGGAAGGAACCAUCGAACGUCCACAUGGACGAGAGGCUAGCCGUUGGUGAUACCGUGGUUGGCGAGAAACAUGCUUUGUACAAUUCAUUGCACAAGCAAACGGGUAAUUUGCCCUGGGCGUCCCGCGAAAAACCGAGUAGCCAUGGAUUGCAUGAAGUGACAGGAAUGCAAUCAAAUACGGGUACAUUAGCACAUUUGAGCAAGAAAGAGAGGCAAGAGGAAAAGGAGUCCUUCCCAGACAAGAAGGACAAUGCAAAAGUGGACCCGCCACAAGAUCUACUGUUGGACAAUAGAGAAGAGCGCGACAGUACUUUGAUGCACGAUCCGCGACAAGUCUUCAGCACUAAGGAAGGAGAGGAUAGAUAUGUUUCAUUUUCUUCGGCAAACCAUCAGGCUUCAAAUGUUCCUCUCCGUCACAAUUCGGAUUUCGACCGGAAAUUCCCUAGCCUUAUGUUUGAAGAUAAAGAUCCGAAAGUUGAGCGAUCGGAUGCAGAAGGGGCCUCGACGACGGAUCCUUGCGCGGGUCGGCAUAGCGCCUUGUUUGGCAAUUCCACUGAACCCAACAAUCGGAAAGAUUCGGGCAACAAAAGCAGCUUGGCUCACACUCCUUUUGAAAGUGACUCGUACAACGCAGAAAUCGACCCGAGCUUGGAGACUUCGCAUCAUAUUUUGCUUGUAAACGUGCCUGAGGAUGUGACCGUUGGUCACAGCGCGCAUCCGGACGUGACGGUAGGACGGGCUUCAGGAAAUGAGAUCUUCGAUCGCUCAUCGGUCGAUGGGGCUAGUCGUGUUUCAGCCGAGGCACAGCUAUUGCGAGAAAGUCUGUCAAAAGCGAAAGCGGAGCGGGACAGUGCAAUUCAAAAGUAUCAAAGACUUGAGGAGGAAAAAACAGCGCGAGAUGAAGAAGAAGACUUUUUGUUGAAAAAGUUGCGCGCUUUGACCGACGAGCGAGAUGGCGCUUUUCGAAAGUUGGAAGACCUUGAGCGAAAGCUCACCUCGGAAGCAAAAUUGAAGUCUGAUACUCGAGAAGCUGAAUGGAAUAAAUUGACCACCGAAAGAGCGAAGGCAAUUAACCAAAUCGAAGAACUUGAAGCUUCAUGCCUCGAAGCGCAAGAAUCCCGAGACAUCCUCCGCGAAGCACUGGAAGAACGCGAAGAAGCUUUGCGACUGAUACAACUUUCCGAGAAGGAUCGUAUCCGUGACGCGGAGGAACAUGAUAAGGCUCUGAAGGAAGCCACUUUACAGAUAGAAGUUCUGCAAGAUCAGACUGUCAAAAUGUGUGCCGACCGGGGAGAGCUAGUCAAGAUUGCUGAGGAAGCCAUUGGGACCAACGCUCAGCUCGAACAGAAGAUCGUAGAGCUCGAGAAGGAAGUUUCUACAAACGUUUUAUCGUCGGUCUCAAAGGAUGAGGUUGAAAUUCUGGAAAAAGAAAAUUUGAAGCUAUCAGAGGAGAGCCAAGAACUGCGCAAGCAGUUAUCCCAACACAAAUUACAACUCAAGGAGAACGGUCUCAGUCUCUCCGAGCUCACCUUUACGGUCAGUAGUCUGGAAGACGAAAGGGCUCAACUUCUCAACAACAAAAAAGCAAAAGACGACGAAAUUCGUCGUUUAAAGCGCGAAUUGACUUCCAAAGAUAUUGUAGAAGACAGAGCUUCGGCGCUUCAACGCCAACUGGAGCACCAAUUGACGUUAGGCGUAGAAUGGCAGCAGCGUGAAACGGAUUUCAAUCGCACUAUACAGAACAAUAUCACCGAGCUGGAACAACUUGAGAGCGCCGUAAAAAACCUACAAGCGAAGCUGGAUGAAAGGAACGAAAUGCACUCACAAGAGGUCGAAUCGGACAAGAGCCAAAUUGCACUCUUGCUAAACAAAGUGUCAUACUACGAGAGAGAGCGGUUGUCUGCGGCUGCAAGCGUCGAAGAACUUGAGCUCAAACUGGGAUCUGAAAUCCGCACUCGUCACAAACUAUCAUCUGAUUUGAAGCAAGCACAGAUUGAUCUCCACAGUCGCCUCGCGGAUGUACAAGAAUUGUCGUCCAAUUUAAAGCAACUCCUAGUCGAGAAAGACGAAGACGAGCGAAAGGUUGCGCGCAUGCAACUUGCUUUACAAAAAUUUCAAAGCGAAACGCGAACCAGGGUAAAAAUGGUAGUCAUGCAUCGUGACGAAGCGGCCAAUCUCUUGGACGAAACUUUGACCGAAAAUCGAGCAUUGACCGAAAAGCUUCAAGAGCUACGGCAGGCUUUGGAAGAAACGCAACAUGCUCGCGUUGACUGGCGUUCAAAUAGUCUCACGGCAAGUCGCUUUCAGGCAGAUCUCGAUGACAUGGUGUCCAAAAACAAAGCUUUAAGUCAGCGCAAUCAAUUACUGGAGACUCAAGUUGAAGAACUCCUACAACAACAACCACAAAAGCAGUCUUUUCCCCGCAAUCGCGAAAACGAUAAUCUCCGAGAUCACGAUAAAUACAGAGGCAUUGACAGUGAACACCAAUUUGGAAUUACCAAUUCGUUAAAACGGCGAAACGAUUCUGGUAGCGGAAAACACACCAUUCAGCGUAGAGACGAAGAUGGCUUUGAUCACGGAGCUUUGCAUCUUGAGCCCUUCUCAGCACUGCCUGGGCAUGCUUUGGCGAAUUCUGAGUCGAGUCUUCACGCACGGGCAGAAGAAGUAGCUGCGUACCUCGCUUUGUCCGCAAAGAUGACCGUGGAGAAGAGUCAGACGGAGGUGAUCCGAAUGCAGCAUCGAUUGCAUGCGGUGGAAGACACCAAAGAUACUGAGAUUGAUGCUCUAAAGCGACACGUCCGCAGGCUAGAACGGCAUCUCGAGAAUUCGAAUUGGCCUGAGGGGUGA